UGUUUUUCACUUUGACUGGCAGACAGAUGGAAGUCAUGAGUUGGAUGCACCAACUUUCCCCGCUAAUCUUUCAAAAAUCAAAUGCACCGCAAAUGUAAGGAUUAUCGUAAUCAAUGCAUUAAAUGGCAUCAGUUAUGGAGGACCCCACCCUCGAGCGACACUUCAAGGGCCACAAAGAUGCUGUCACCUGUGCAGACUUCAAUUCCAAACACAAACAGCUGGCCUCAGGGUCUGCAGAUAAGACCUUGAUGAUUUGGAAUCUGAACCCUAAGGCCAGGGCGUUCCGUUUUUUUGGACACAAAGAUGUCAUCACAGGGGUCCAGUUCUCCCCUGCAGGAGAUCUGGUCGUCUCUGCAUCCCAGGACAAGACUGUACGGCUGUGGACGCCCAGCAUUAAAGGAGAGUCGAUGGUGUUCAAAGCCCACACGGCUACAGUACGCAGUGUCAGCUUUUCUCAUGACGGCCAGAGGCUAGUGACUGCGUCAGACGACAAGUCUGUCAAGGUGUGGAGUGUCCACAGACAACGUUUUGUCUACUCACUCAACCAGCACACCAACUGGGUCCGCUGCGCCAGGUUUUCUCCUGACGGCCGUCUAAUUGCCUCCUGUGGUGACGACCGCACAGUGCGACUGUGGGACACCUCCACCAAACAGUGCAUCAACUGCUUCACAGAGUAUGGAGGAUCAGCAACAUUUGUAGACUUCAACACCAGUGGCACCUGCAUAGCAUCCUCAGGAGCAGACAACACGCUGAAGAUCUGGGACAUACGGACAAACAAACUGCUCCAGCAUUACCAAGUCCACAGUGCAGGGAUCAAUUGCUUUUCCUUCCACCCGUCUGGAAACUAUAUGAUCAGUGGCUCCAGUGACAGCACAGUGAAGAUCCUGGACCUGCUGGAGGGACGCCUCAUCUACACCCUCCACGGACACAAGGGUCCUGUCCUGUCUGUGGCCUUCUCCAGGGGAGGAGACUUCUUUGCCUCAGGGGGUUGUGAUGCUCAGGUUUUAAUGUGGAAGACCAACUUUGAUUCUUUUGACUACCGUGAGGUCCUGAGCAGACACAGCCAGCGGGUCAGCCCCGACCCCUCUCCUCACCUGACAGACAUCUACCCUCGAGGACCACACCUCCACUCCGCCCAGUCUGGGGCUAUAGAGAUCAGUCCCAUGGUGGCAGACACCCAGACCACUGCCCCAGCUGUCAUAGAGGUGGGCCAGACCCUCUACACAGCCACUACGGCUAUCAACGGCCAUGCAAACAAUUUGCCAGCACGGCGGAUUGCCAGUACCAGCCUCAACCCCAAUGAAGACUGCCACAGUAGUGGACAGGGUUCAACAUCUGGGUCCCAGUCCAGGCAGAUGGGAGGCAGGAGGGGGGAGGAACAGGGGAUGACGUACCCUCUGGAGAUGCGCUCAGACCUCCCCAUGAACUUCAGCAGCACCCUGGAACGCAUCGUCCAGCAGCUUGACGUCCUCACUCAGACUGUCUCUGUGUUGGAAGAACGCCUCACCCUGACGGAGGACAAACUGAAGGAGUGUUUAUUCAACCAGAGUCAGAUCCUGCUGCAGGUGCGAGGGGAGGAGAAGGACCGAAGAAGAGAGAUGGUGGAGGAAGAGAGGGAAGGUGAGAGCGGAUCCCCUGUCGCCUCAGCCUAAGGUCACCCACCUCCCUCUCCACAGACACACACUCCUCCCUUUGACUUGGUCGUGUGUGUGUGUGUGUGUGUGUGUGUGUGUGUGUGUGUGUGUGUGUGUGUGUGUGUGUGGAGGGACAGGGAAUGUGGGGGUCCUUAACCUCCACCUUGGUGGUCUUUCUCAGGGGUCGUUGUCUUAAUCAAAUCCUCCCUCUAUCUCGCCACUCUUUAAGAUUAUUCAACCCUACAGCACAGUGUGUCUGGGACACUUAAACCAAAGCUUUUUGGCUAGGGACUGGGGUGAGUUUUUGUACAUAUACCAGUGUGUGCAUAUGUUCAUCGGUGUGUGCGCGGGUGCGUGUGUUUGGAAGAUCUUUGUGAAGCCCCUCCGUAAUGAAAGGUUGAUGAAAGGGAGCGGAGGACAAGACAGCACAGCUGCAGCUAUGAAAACAGCCGGUCUGUCUGUCUGUGGACAGUGAAGGGAGCAGAGCGUGCUGGGCCAGGCAGGGGCUCCCUUCACUGUCCAAUUCCUCUGGUCUCCUUCUCCUGGACAGGCCACCAUAAACAUGCCUUCCUUACACCUCUCUCCCUCUCGUGUGUGUGUGUGUGUGCAUGCAUCGCUAUGGGUUCUUGUACUAGCAUUUAUUAGUAGAAUCUAUGCAUUAUGUCAUGUGCUGAUGAAGCGCCUGUGUGUGUGUGUAUGACCAUAUACCCCCACUGUUGUAUAGUGUACGGCAUAUUUUCUCAUGCGUUCCCUUUCAUACUACGAACUAAAUAAAUUGAACAUAUUGCACUG